GGGGCCGCAGAGCAGGCAAGCUCGGGGGAGCGGAAACUUCGCCAAGUUCCUUCCGCACCCCGGGCGCUUAGGCCUGGCCCGGCCCGCAGUGGGCGCCCCCACCCCGCACAGCUCCCGCGCCCGGAGGGGAGGCCUCCCGCUUUUGUCAGUCUCCGAGGAGUCUCAGGUCCCCAAAGGGUUAAAAACCACUUCAUCCCGGCGGAGACAUGAAAUGUAUUCGAAAUCAAUGUCAAGAACUGGUUAUUCUAAUUCUGGGGCACUGCCAGACCGGGGCAUCUGGAAUGAUCUACGUGCUUUAAAAAAAAAGGACCCGUCGCCACCAUUUUCUCCAGCUGGAAGUGUCCACUCACCGUCCACCAGCAUGGCCACGUCCUCCCAGUACCGUCAGCUGCUGAGUGACUAUGGGCCGCCGUCGCUCGGCUACACCCAGGGAACUGGGAACAGCCAGGUGCCCCAGAGCAAAUACGCGGAGCUGCUGGCCAUCAUCGAGGAGCUGGGGAAGGAGAUCAGACCCACGUAUGCGGGGAGCAAGAGUGCCAUGGAGAGGCUGAAGCGGGGAAUCAUCCAUGCGCGCGGGCUGGUCCGGGAGUGUCUGGCAGAGACGGAGCGCAAUGCCAGGUCCUAGCGGCAAGCGGCCCCGACUGGGAGGAUGAAGGAGGCCGCAGCCAGCCCCCUCAGGAACGUUCUUCGGAAACGUUAACACUUUCGUUUUGUUCUGCCAUGGUUUGUUAGGCUCUGAACCUACAGUCUCAGAAUGCGAAAAGGUUUCACAGGGAAUUAGGGUUCGCAUCUUAUGUAGUUAGGCUAACCCAGGGUUUUGUUUUAAGUGUUGAUUUAAAAGAUGCAUGUGACGUUUUUACAGCAAAUGUGUUUGCGCCCAAGAUCCCGGUGUCUCUCCCUAUCUUCUCCUUUGCAUAAUUUACGCCUUCCAGAUUGUUCUUUGCUCCUUGUCAUAAGCCCUGCCAACCCGAGGACUCGUUCCGCGCAUCACCCAGCAGCUGGUCCCGUGGCCAUGCGGCGUAGACCCUGCUUUGAGAGCCUCUCUGCUUCUGCAUUUGCAUGACUCUUAGCGCUUUGAAGUCAGUCCUAAAAUGCACAAGUUAUAAAUACACAAGAAAGAGCAACCAACCACCUCUACCAAGGACCCUGGGCACUUUUCAUAUGGAGACUCUGUAGAUUUCAGUUCUGCAUUUGCUGUAAGUUGAUCAGAACAUCCAGAAGAAAAUGACUAAAAUUGUUUGCAUCUUUGUAUGUAUUUAUUACUUGAUGUAAUAAAGCUUAUUUUCAUUAACAA